GGGGACACCUCCAGGCCGGAAGGAGACGGGAAGCAGCCGGCGGCCUGCCAUGGAGGGCCCGCGCGGCUCCCCUCUACGCCCGGAUCCAGAUUAGGCGGCGGCGGCGGCGGUGGUGGAGACCCUCCCAGCGGCCUGAUGGACGAGAGCAGAGUAGCUGGUGGAAAAGUGAAGAAACCGGGCAAACGGGGCCGUAAGCCAGCUAAAAUAGAUUUGAAAGCCAAACUCGAGAGAAGCCGGCAGAGCGCAAGGGAAUGCCGAGCGAGGAAGAAACUGAGGUAUCAAUAUCUGGAAGAGCUGGUUUCAAGCCGCGAAAGAGCCAUUUGUGCUCUUAGAGAAGAACUGGAAAUGUACAAGCAGUGGUGCCUGGCGAUGGAUCAGGGCAAAAUCCCCUCUGAGAUUAAAGCGCUCUUGAGCGGAGAAGAGCAAAGCAGGCCUCAGCAGAAUGUAGGCAAGAUGGCCAAGGCCCUAAAGAGCGAUGCCAACAGCCACGGUUCCUGGUGAAGGUCAGACCAAGCAGCGUGAAGCCCAUAUUUCAAAAAAACAAGAUGAUCUGUUGUUUUUUUAAAAAAAAAAUCAGUAAUCUAUGGACUUCAUGUGAAGUUGAGUAUCCUUGGUCCUAUCAACAGUUCAACGGCGUCAACAAUUCAGCCGCACCGUAGUUGGAGUUUGAGCUGACUUUCAGAAUGACCCGAACAGCAAGAGGGCAGAAGUAAAUCAUCUUAAUCCGUUUUUAUUUAAUAAAACAAUAUUCCUGUGUCUGCGGGAAUAUCUGACCGAAGCCAAGAAAGAAAGGCCCAAGAUUAUACCUGCCUCGAGUCUAUUCCAAAAUGUAUUAGAUGCUCUGGGGUUGUUUUUGUGGGUAGAACUGGCUGAGAAAAAGGGGAAGGCCUUUCCCCCCCCCCCCCAGGGAUUGGGCCACCAAACUCCCCUUUGUUGUGUUAAGGCCUAUAAUUAUGCUUUCGAUUUUGUUUUCAUCAUUAACUAUAUUUAGUGUUUAUUUAAGGAAAAUACUAUACAGAUAGAAAAGUAGAGUUUAUUAUUCAUGGGAUGGUCUGUUUUGCAUUAGAGAGAGGUAGAGAUAUAGUGGAGUGUUUUUCAAACUGGGCCAUUUUAAGAUCCUUGGACUUCAACUCCCAGAAUUCCCCAACCAGCACGGCCAUUGAUGUGGAUUCUGGUAGUUGAAGUCCACAGACCUUAAGUGGUCAAGGUUGAAAAAUACUGAUGUAACGCAUGCUGAUAUAUCUUGCUGUAGGUGUCCAGUAUGUCACCUUCCCCUUUUCCUCCUUCUGUUGUUUCUGAAUUAGUGAAGUUUAGGUUCUACUUGUGAAUUGUGAAAUCCUUGACUCCCAGGUCAUCUCAGUUUUAAGAUUAUGUUCUUUAAGAGAGGGUGCUCUACCUGCAGUUUGGUUUAGAUCAGGAGUCUUCAAACCUGGCCCUUUUAUGACUUGUGGACUUCAAGUCCCAGAAUUCCUCAGCCAGGCACGCCCACUGUGGAUCGAGUUGACUAUUUGAAUUAAGUUCAGUACUAAAUUCAAGACUUCCUCACUAGAUAAUCAUAUGAGCAGCAGUGAAAUAACUCUUCAGUGUCGUGGUUCGUUUAUAUUUUCUAAACCUGCAUGAUUGCAUCUUUGCUUAGACUGCUUAUUAAUAGGAGUGAUGAGUCAAAAUCAUUGUAGUCUCUUUCUCUCUCUUUGCUCUCUCUCUCUCUCUCUCUCUGUGUGUGUCUCUCUCUCUGUCUUUUUUUGCUCAAUGCAGUCAUGGAGAGGUUUAAUAAGGAACAUACCCCACCUAGCUGGCUAGAGAAAGAGGGGAACAGAAGUAGCUUGCCCAUUUCCUCCACCUUGCCUUCUCUCCUGGUUACAGACCACAUUGUCUACUUUUGACAUGAAAGGGUAGGAAGGACCUGAGAAUUUGUGGAGAAAGGCUAGCAAAUGGAUGUAGCAUCCAGGAUGCUUCAUACUUUCCGUUCCACGGGAACGGUGUACCUGUAGUGUUGAGUGUUUGGAAAGGGAAUAAAAUUGGAAACUUACAGCCUAACACUGUGUGCAUUUUUGUUGCAGGGGAUAAAAUACUUACCUUAUUGUGAGACUCUUUGGUAUUAAAGUGGAUGUAAUAAAGCCUUUGCUGUCCUUUAUUAAAAGGGUUACUGACAGAGGGCAGGGUUGAAAGAAGAACGUCACCAUCAUGCCAGGAACGCCCAGACCCAAUAGCGCAGAAAAUAACAUGAACCUACUUAGUUUUGUAUGUAUUAAAACAAAACUUCUGUUUUAAUGAAGGUUUAAUGAAGAUUGUGAUUUCUAGCGAUCGUAUGGCGUGUGGGUAAAAUGUGCAACUUUCUUCCUUCUAUGGCGCCAAGCCACCGAGCUCUUAAAAGGAAUUAAACAAUAAAUUGCAGUAUUUGCAAAACCUUAAA